UUGAAUCAAAAUUCAUUUCUACAUUCCUACCCUUAUCCACAACGUUACCAUAGUCUUGUGUUGUUCCCUUCUUCUUCUUCUUCUCUCAAAGAUGUCUAUUAUCACUUCCUUCAAAUCCCUAACAAUGGCAGAAUCUUGCAUACUCUCUCAACCUUCACUCUUCUACACCAAAACCAAAUCCUCAUUCAUCUCAAAUUCUGUUAAGAAACCUUUCAAGCUACAAAACCCAUCAUACAAUUCUUCACGCUCUCUCUCCCUCAUUGCUAGAAGAAGAAGAACACACCAUUCUUCUCUUCUCACGUUCGUAGCACAGACUUCAGAUUGGGCUCAACAGGAAGAACAAGAGGACGGAGCUGCUUGGGAGAAUCAAGGUGAACCCACUUGGGGAAAUGCAGAUGUUAGUGAAGCUGAAACCAACCAAGUUGAGAGUUUUGAGGAACCAUCUGAAGAUUUGAAGAUUUUUGUUGGGAAUUUGCCUUUUGAUGUUGAUAGUGAGAAAUUGGCCUUGCUUUUUGAACAGGUUGGGACUGUUGAAAUUGCUGAGGUAAUUUAUAAUAGGGAUACUGACCGCAGUCGUGGAUUCGGAUUUGUAACCAUGAGUACAGUGGAAGAAGUUGAGAAGGCUGUGAACAAGUACAGUGGCUUUGAAUUAGAUGGAAGGUUAUUGACUGUUAAUAAGGCCGCUCCAAGAGGAGUACGUCCCGAGCGUGCACCACGUGCCUUUGAUUCCGGUUCCGGUUUAAGAGUCUACGUUGGUAACUUGCCAUGGGAUGUCGACAGUUCUCGCUUGGAACAAAUUUUCAGCGAACAUGGUAAGGUUGAGAGUGUUCGGGUAGUCUAUGACAGAGAGACCGGUCGAUCACGUGGUUUUGGAUUUGUUACAAUGUCUAGUGAGAAUGAUAUGAAUGAAGCCAUCAGUGCUCUUGACGGUCAGAGCUUGAACGGGAGGGCGCUUAGAGUGAAUGUUGCUGAGGAAAGGCCCAGGCGCAACUCUUUCUGAGUGCAAGAAAUUUUCACUUUCAAAGUGAGUGUUGGCUGAUUUAUUUUUUUCUUUUUAAUGGCUGAGGAUACAAUUUCAAUUUUUUUAUUUUCAGAUGUUCCUUUUUGGCACAUGGUUUCAUAUUAGAUUUGCAUAUUUUGAUGUUAUUAAUUAAUGUCCACAUGAAAAUUAUUAAGCUAUGAUUCCAAUUUUAAAGGAAA